CGUCGGUGUGAGGAUGACCAAGUUAGGGUUCCUCCGGCUCUCCUACGAGAAGCAGGACACACUGCUCAAGCUCCUCAUCCUGUCCAUGGCAGCUGUGCUGUCUUUCUCCACAAGGCUUUUCUCCGUCUUAAGAUUUGAGAGCGUCAUCCAUGAGUUUGACCCGUACUUCAACUACCGCACCACUCGCUUCCUGGCCGAGGAGGGAUUCUACAAGUUCCACAAUUGGUUUGAUGACAGAGCAUGGUAUCCCCUGGGCAGGAUCAUCGGGGGCACUAUUUAUCCAGGCCUCAUGAUCACGUCGGCGGCGAUUUACCACGUGCUGCAUUUCUUCCACAUCACCAUCGACAUCCGCAAUGUCUGCGUGUUCCUGGCUCCUCUCUUCUCCUCCUUCACCACCAUAGUGACUUACCACCUCACCAAAGAGCUCAAGGAUGCAGGGGCAGGACUCCUCGCGGCCGCCAUGAUCGCGGUUGUGCCCGGGUACAUCUCUCGGUCUGUUGCAGGCUCCUAUGAUAAUGAAGGCAUUGCCAUAUUCUGCAUGUUGCUGACAUACUACAUGUGGAUCAAGGCUGUCAAGACAGGCUCCAUCUAUUGGGCAGCCAUGUGUGCCCUCGCCUACUUCUACAUGGUCUCCUCGUGGGGUGGUUACGUCUUCCUCAUCAACCUCAUCCCCCUGCACGUUCUCGUGCUGAUGCUGACCGGGCGCUUCUCCCACAGGAUCUACGUAGCCUAUUGCACUGUCUACUGCUUGGGAACCAUCCUCUCCAUGCAGAUCUCCUUUGUUGGCUUCCAGCCCGUCCUCUCCUCCGAGCACAUGGCUGCCCUUGGAGUCUUCGGCCUGUGCCAGAUCCAUGCCUUCGUGGACUACCUCCGGAGCAAGCUGAACCCGCAGCAGUUUGAAGUCCUCUUCAGGAGUGUCAUCUCCCUCGUUGGCUUCGUCCUCCUCAGCAUCGGCGCCGUGCUGAUGCUCACAGGGAAGAUCUCCCCAUGGACAGGGCGUUUCUACUCCUUGCUGGACCCUUCCUAUGCCAAGAAUAACAUCCCCAUCAUCGCCUCUGUCUCUGAGCACCAGCCCACCACCUGGUCCUCCUACUACUUCGACCUGCAGCUCCUCGUUUUCAUGUUCCCAGUUGGUCUCUACUACUGCUUCAGCAACCUCUCGGACGCUCGGAUCUUCAUCAUCAUGUACGGCGUGACCAGCAUGUACUUCUCUGCUGUCAUGGUGCGUCUGAUGCUGGUGCUGGCCCCAGUGAUGUGCAUCCUGUCUGGCAUUGGGGUGUCUCAGGUGUUGUCCACCUACAUGAAGAACCUGGAUAUCAGCCGGCCUGACAAGAAGAGCAAGAAGCAGCAGGACUCCACCUACCCCAUCAAAAACGAGGUUGCCAGUGGCAUGAUCCUGGUCAUGGCCUUCUUCCUGAUCACCUACACUUUCCACUCUACCUGGGUGACCAGCGAGGCCUACUCCUCCCCCUCCAUCGUGCUCUCUGCCCGCGGUGGGGACGGCAGCAGGAUCAUCUUCGAUGACUUCAGAGAAGCUUAUUACUGGCUGCGGCACAACACACCAGAGGAUGCCAAGGUGAUGUCCUGGUGGGACUACGGGUACCAAAUCACUGCCAUGGCCAACCGGACUAUCCUGGUGGACAACAAUACCUGGAACAACACGCACAUCUCCCGUGUUGGCCAGGCAAUGGCAUCGACAGAGGAGAAAGCCUACGAGAUCAUGAGGGAGCUGGACGUCAGCUACGUGCUGGUCAUCUUCGGUGGCCUCACCGGGUACUCAUCCGACGACAUCAACAAGUUCCUGUGGAUGGUGCGGAUCGGGGGCAGCACGGACACAGGGCGCCACAUCAAGGAGCACGACUACUACACCCCCACCGGGGAGUUCCGUGUCGACCGCGAGGGCUCCCCAGUGCUGCUCAACUGCCUCAUGUACAAGAUGUGCUACUACCGCUUCGGCCAGGUCUACACCGAGGCCAAGCGACCACCGGGCUAUGACCGUGUGAGGAACGCCGAAAUCGGCAACAAGGACUUUGAGCUGGAUGUGCUGGAGGAGGCCUACACCACAGAGCACUGGCUGGUCCGAAUAUACAAG